AUGGCCUCAUUGUUUUUAUCAGAAUGUGGGUUAAGGCCACUUCCUGUAUUGUACACCCAACCAAGAACAAGUGUAAUUUCAUCUCAAAAACCUCCAAAGUUUGUAUUUUUAAACAAAACAAGCAAAAGGGUAUCUUUAGAUCUUGGGUUUAAGGCAAGAAAGUGGGAGUUGAAGGUGAGUGCUCCUUUGAGAGUUAGUACUAGUGAAGAAGAAGAAGAGGGUGUGAAGGAGUUGCCACAAUUUGACCCUGGUGCACCACCUCCUUUUACAUUGGCUGAUAUAAGAGCUGCUAUUCCUAAACAUUGUUGGGUUAAGGAUCCUUGGAAGUCUAUGAGUUAUGUUGUGAGGGAUGUUGUUGUGGUUUUGGGUUUGGCUGUUGUUGCUGCUUAUGUUAAUAGUUUGUUUGUUUGGCCUCUUUAUUGGGCUGCUCAAGGAACUAUGUUUUGGGCUCUCUUUGUUCUCGGUCAUGAUUGUGGUCAUGGAAGCUUUUCAAACGACCCCAAGCUGAAUAGUGUUGCAGGGCAUUUGCUGCAUUCUUCAAUCCUAGUACCAUAUCAUGGAUGGAGAAUUAGUCAUAGAACACAUCAUCAAAAUCACGGUCACGUUGAAAAUGAUGAAUCUUGGCACCCAUUGCCGGAGAAAAUCUUCAAGAGCUUGGACAAUGCAACAAAAAUUUUAAGAUUUACAAUACCUUUUCCAAUGCUUGCAUAUCCUUUCUACCUUUGGAGUAGGAGUCCGGGGAAGAGUGGUUCUCACUUUGAUCCAAACAGUGACUUGUUUGUCCCAAAUGAAAGAAAAGAUGUUAUUACUUCAACAGUUUGUUGGACAGCUAUGGCUGCUUUGCUUAUAGGAUUAGGAUUCGUUAUGGGUCCAAUUCAAUUACUUAAGCUUUAUGGCAUUCCUUAUAUGCUUUUUGUCAUGUGGUUGGAUUUGGUGACUUAUUUGCAUCACCAUGGUCACGAAGACAAGUUACCAUGGUAUCGUGGACAGGAAUGGAGCUACCUUAGAGGCGGACUUACAACUCUUGAUCGCGAUUAUGGAUUGAUAAAUAACAUCCAUCACGACAUUGGAACUCACGUCAUUCAUCACUUAUUUCCUCAAAUCCCACACUACCACUUAAUAGAAGCUACUGAGGCAGCGAAACCAGUUCUUGGAAGAUACUACCGGGAGCCGAAGAAAUCAUCACCUUUACCAUUUCACCUAAUUGGAGAGUUAUUAAAAAGCAUGAAGAAAGACCAUUUUGUCAGUGACACUGGUGAUAUUGUUUACUACCAAACAGACCCUAACCUUAGUGGCUCUUCUACAUCAAAAUAA